CCCGUGCCAGUGGAAUGCGCGCCCCCGCUGCUGCAGCUUGAUGCACUAAUUGGAGUUCAGCUGCAGCUCUGAAGCUCUGAUGUAGAUGAGAACAUGUAAAUACUGGAAGCUUCUCUGCGACUAUUUUGGAGUUUGUUCGUUGUAUUUGUCCCUCGGAGGGAUGAUGAAGAGGAGGAGGAGGGUUUCUCUGCAGACUGCAUCAUCUGAUUUCCCUUCAUGAGGAUGAAAACUCGCCUUUUUACUUGGAACAACUUCAUCUUUCCAUGAGGAGCUGAUGGGACACCGACUGAUUCAUUAUCUUUCUGCAUUUCUCUGGAUCUCUCUGUUGGCUUUUAUUUAUUCCUGCACAUUUUGAUUGAACUCUUUUCUGGAGCAGCCCAGAAUAAACAACAACGAGGCACAACACCUCCUGUUCCUCUAAUAUUAUUUCAUUUUUCUUAAUUUGUUUUCUCAUAUUUUAUUAUAUUUGUUUUAAAGAAUGUGUUUUCGGUGUUGAUCUGGAGGAUUAUAGCAGACUAUAGUGGUAUUGGAGGCUUUACAUGUAGCUUCAGAAAGAGACUGUGUGUUUCUGAGGGAUUCAUCAUCAGAGGCUUAUAUAACAAGAGCAGUCAUGUAUGCAGGACGCAAGAGGAGGAAACCAGUCCAGAGAGCGGUGAAGCAGGCACCAAGUGAAGGGGCCAAGUCCAACCCGUCCAAACGGCACCGAGACCGGUUGAACGGGGAGCUGGAGCGGUUGGCCAGCCUGCUGCCGUUCCCCGAGGAGGUCACCGCCAGUCUGGACAAACUCUCCAUCCUCCGCCUGAGUGUCAGCUACCUGCGGGCCAAGAACUUCUUCUCUGUCACCCUGAACGGAGUGACACCAGCCGCUGUGAAGGAUGACGACAGUAAAACAGCAGCAGUGGUGGAGGCCAAGAUUCCUGAAGGCGAGCUGUUGCUGCAGGCUCUCAACGGCUUCGUCAUGGUCCUUUCUGCCAGUGGGACCAUCUUCUACUCCUCUCACACCAUCCAGGACUACUUGGGCUUCCACCAGACGGACGUCAUGCACCAGAGCGUGUACGAGCUGGUCCAUACGGAGGACCAGCAGGAGCUCAGGAGAAACUUACACUGGGCCUUGAAUCCUCCUCCUGCCGCUGCACCUGCCAUUACCGAGGACUCCCCCCAAGAGAUGGAACCGGACAGCAGCUCCGCCGUGGUCACCUACAACCCCGAGCAGCUUCCUCCAGAGAACUCGUCCUUCCUGGAGAGGAGCUUCAUGUGUCGCUUCCGCUGCCUCCUGGACAACUCCUCCGGCUUCCUGGCUCUGAACAUCCAGGGCAGACUCAAGUUUCUGCAUGGACAGAACCAGCGGCAAGAAAACGGAGGGAAGGCCCCGCCUCAGCUCGCCCUCUUCGCCAUCGCCACCCCUCUGCAGCCUCCGUCCAUCCUGGAGAUCAGGACCAAGAACAUGAUCUUCAGAACCAAACACAAGCUGGACUUCACACCGUUGGCCUGCGAUGCAAAGGGGAAGAUCGUGCUGGGAUACACCGAGGCUGAACUGCGGGUUCGAGGAUCCGGCUAUCAGUUCAUCCACGCAGCAGAUAUGUUGUACUGCGCCGAGAACCACGUCAGAAUGAUGAAGACUGGAGAGAGCGGUCUGACCGUGUUCAGGCUGCUCACCAAGGAGAAUCGCUGGAAAUGGGUCCAGGCCAACGCCAGGCUGGUGUACAAGAACGGCAAACCAGACUACAUCAUCGCCACCCAGAGGCCUCUUUUGGAUGAAGAGGGAGGAGAACAUUUGCGUAAGCGCUCCAUGCAUCUACCCUUUACCUACGCUACAGGCGAGGCCCUGCUCUACCAGUCCAACCAUCCCAUAGCAGCCUUUAGAGAUGGAGGCCAUGAGAAAAAUGGCAGUAAGUCUAAGAAGAGCCGGACUGAAAGGCUUUUGCGGGAUGGUCUGGACCCCGGCUCUCUUCUAGGGGCACUCAUGAGUCAGGAUGAGUCGGUGUACGUUUGCCAGCCCGCCCUGGAGCCCAAAAUGUCCUUCCAUAGCUUCUUUGGAGACCAGAUGGGCUUCUCUGACUCCGAAUCCUCCAGCUUGCACAGGAGCUGGGACGAGCCGAGCAACGGCGUGCUGGGUCCGGGCGUCACGGAGCCGGGCACCAGCUUCGACCCGCUGCUGGCUACUCUGGACUCGCUCUCGCUGGAGGGCCACGGGGUCGUGGAUUCGGAAGAGGGGGGUUGUUCAAACGGCGAGCUGUUCAGAGCUCUGGAAGGGCUGGGGCUGAGCGCCGAGGACCUGGAGCUGCUGCUGCUGGACGAGCGGAUGAUCAGAGUCGAGAUGGACCCCGAACGCGUGCCCACCUUGGACGACCUGCUGACAAACGACGAGAUCCUUUCAUACAUCUACGACUCCAUAGAGGGGAAGGUGGAUUCCACAGAGCAGGUGCCUCCCAGUACUGCCUCGGCGACGGCCACAAUGGUGUCGCUACCUGAGAGUAACGCCACUUCUGACGCUAAUGUUCAUAUGCAGUUUCCUCACCAUAAGCCUCCCCUGGUGGGGCACGCCCCCAUCCUCCAGCUGUCCCAGCAGAUGCAGCAGCACCUGAACAUGCGACAGGAGAAAGUGGUGCAUGACUGGGGCCAGCAGAGCGACCGUUUGGCUAACACGAUAGUCAACGGAGAGCUGCUGGGGCAAAAUCAACCGCUCACCAACGGACAGUGGACAGCGCAAAACAUUCUGGUCAGUGCAGGGAUACAACUGGAACACUAUAAAACACAACAGACUAUUUUCAAUGGCAAAGCCUCAGAGCUGGAUGGAGAGCAUCAUCAGCAGCAUCAGCAGCGCUACCUUCAGCAGCAGCCCAGGGUGCAGAACCACCUCUCACAGCAGUGCCACGCCAAACAGAAGGCGGCCAACCUCAACGGACUGUGUGGCGUCUCCGGCGCGGAGCAUUCGGCGGGAAAAUCCCAGUGGCAGGACUUUGGAUUCAGCGAGAGUCUGGGCAGCAACUCCUGCCUUGAUAACAGCCAAAAACCUCUGACAAACACCUCACUAGAUUCUUGCAUGGAUUAUAGCAUGCCUGAUGUUGACAAUGCGGAUUACACGAUUAGCGGAAGCGGUUUGUUUGGGAGGAACGGACAGCAGCACGGGGCCGAGUCCGCGGUCUCGUCCUUCCAGGGGAUGAACCAUAAACUGCAGCAGGAGCAGAUCCCGGUUCCUUUGGCUCAGGUCAUCUCCAGCCUGUCGCAGUGCCCUCCCCCCAACGCCUCCCUGGAGCAGAUCCUCGGAGUGGGCAAGCCCUGCCGACAGUUGGACCACUACGGCAUGGUGACCUCUGAGAUCCCUCAUGACCCCAGUCCCAACAAGAUGGAGAACGGCUGCCUGCUGAGCAGUACUUACCCAGGAGGCUGUGCUCUGCCCAAUAGAAACGGAGCAGCGCCCCCUACUGUCCAGCUGCCCGGCCCCGAGACUCUGCCCAGCCUCCCCGACCCGCCAGCCACCGGCUUCUACCUCUGACCAGCUGACCGGGAACAGUCAUGCAGCAGGAAACACACACGAUGACUGGACCAGCCUUAUACACCUAGACAACACAACAAACCAAGCUGAAGAAACGUAGGCCUAUAUGUUCUUUUCUUUCUCUCGUUUCCAAUUUGUAAUAUUUUUUUGUGUGUGUGUGGGAGGGAGGGAGGGAGGGAGGGAGGAAGGGGUCAAUGUGUUGUAUUUCAAGUCAUAUUAUCAUAUGAGUCCUUUGUUUACAAUAAUGCAGUCAAGAGUGCUCCGUUGAAUUUAUGUGAAGUAAUGCAGAGACGUAAAUAUGAGUUUUUAAAGAUGAGUUUCACAAAUCUGCGUUCAGAUACAACACGAAGCAGAAUUUAGAGGCAAAACUAUAUGUUUUUUUUUUUUUUAAUCUAAAAACACAUCAUGCAUCUGUCAGGUCACAUUGGGUUGUUUUAUUGUGCACGCAGUGAAAGUGCAAGAUAACACAAGGUAGAACAUAUUGAGAUAUACUGGGUUAAUACUGGGUGUUAUUGGAGGGUAAACGACUGAUGCCAGUUUACCAGUCGAAGCUGAAUAUAAACCAUUAAAUAUCACCUUAUUAGUAGAUUAAGGGAUAAGGAAAUUGGUUCAUAAUUUGUCAUUUUUCAAGCAAAAAUACUAAACAUUUGUUUCUCAAAUAUCAAGAUUUGCUGCUCUUUGUCCUAUAUUGAAUUAAAUUAUUAUUAAUAAUAAUAAUAAUAAUCAUUUUAUUUAUAUAGCACUUAUCAAAACAAAGUUACAAAGUGCUUCACAUAAAAAAAA